AUGAAAAAUUUGAACUUUGAGGAGAAACGUCGUGGUCAUCCCUACCUAUCUGGAAACUUCGCACCCAUCCAGCAAGUGCUUCCUCUCACGCCUUGUUCAUACACCGGUACCAUACCAGAAGAACUUGCAGGAGGGGAGUAUGUUCGCAAUGGAGGAAAUCCGGUGACAAAUGAUGCUCUCGGGCGAGAUGCCCACUGGUUCGAUGGCGAUGGCAUGCUCAGUGGUGUUUCCUUUCGACGAACGGGCGAGGAAGGGGCUAUCCAGCCCGAAUUCGUCAAUCAGUACAUUCUGACCGACGUCUACAACUCUUCCAAGACUUCCUCGUCCCUCAGAACGCCAAUUUUGCCGAGCAUUGCAACCCUCGUCAAUCCCAUGAGCUCGUUGAUCACCAUCGUCCUACGAAUCUUAAGAACCAUUGCACUGGUCAUACUGUCUCAUUUACCAGGCUCGCAACAAGCGAUCAAGAAAAUAAGUGUCGCAAAUACUUCGAUACUAUACCAUGAUGGACGAGCAUUGGCAACGUGUGAAAGCGGACCACCUAUGCGCAUAGCAUUACCGAGUCUUGAGACGGUUGGAUGGUUCAAUGGGAAAGCAAGCGAAGGAGAGAGUGUUCGUGAUACACGUCCAGGGUUUGGUGGCAAAGGCCCUUUCAGCUUCAUGAGAGAGUGGACGACUGCCCACCCUCGUGUCGACCAUAGGACUAAAGAAUUGAUUUUAUACCACUCUACAUUCGUGACACCCUAUGUGAACUAUUCGAUCGUCAGCUCUACCUAUGAACCUUCCAGCAAAACCAACGUCCAAUCACCAAGCAAUUUGAUUAACCGACCAGUUCCCGGCAUCAACUCUGCCAAGAUGAUGCAUGAUUUUGGAGUCUCCAGUACCCACACAAUUAUCAUGGACCUUCCCUUGUCUCUCGAUCCGCUCAACCUCGCGAAAAACAGGCCCGUCGUAGCUUAUGAUCCCACAAGCCGGUCUCGCUUUGGCGUGUUUCCUCGCCAUCAACCAGAAGACGUCCGCUGGUUCGAGACCAAUCCUUGCUGUAUCUUCCACACCGCUAAUUCCUGGAACUCCACUGACCCCAGCCCCGCGAACGGGUUUCCAGGCCGCCUGGACAUGGUGAACAUGCUAGCAUGCCGCCUGACCUCGGCCUCGCUGGUCUUCAGCGCAGGUGACCUGGCGGCGCCAACUCCAACAUACGACAUACCGGCCGAUCAGCAAGAAGAGGAGCAGUGCCGCCUUUACUACUAUCAGUUUCGUCUGCCGCAGUCAUGCGGCAGUCCUAUAUCCGGCAAUGACAAUCUGAUUGUGCACCAGUGGGCCCUCUCCGCGAUCCCUUUCGAGUUCCCGUCUCUUCGCGACUCGGUCUCAAUGUCUGCCGCAAAGUACAUAUAUGGUUGCUCCGUUUCUGAUACCUCGUUUGGUGCAGCACUUGGCCGGGCAGUGAAGAUUAAUUCGCUUGUCAAGGUGGACGUUGAGACUCUAAUCGAAAGGGGCAUACGUGAUCCCCCGAGCCAAAUUAUUGGGUGCGUCGAUACCAGAGACAUGUCGGAAGUACUUGCAAGUCAGAAUCCGCUGGAUGCCAUCAAGGUGUUCAAGAUGCCCGAGGGGUGGUACGCACAAGAAUCUCGCUUCGUGCCACGUAGGGACGGGGUUUCUGAGGACGACGGCUGGAUUCUCAGCUAUGUCUUUGACGAGACCCAAUUGUUGGAAGAUGACGAGUGCAGGUCAGAUGCCAAGAGCGAGCUGUGGAUUAUUGAUGCGAAGAACAUGACGGAUGUCGUCGCUAGGGUGCAUCUACCCCAGAGAGUCCCCUACGGUCUACAUGGCAAUUGGUUUUCAGAGGAAGAUAUCCAGGGCCAGAGGCCAGUGGAAAUGCUGAGGACUUUUCCAAUAAAGGCAGCAAAGGAGAAGGUCGCGUCGCCAGCAUGGGAAGCGUGGAUGGCAACUCGGAAAGUAAUAGAAGGAUGGCUGAAAUGA